AAAUAUAUCCUUAAUAAUAUAUCGUUUAUUUGGUCAUUUUCUCAAGUGACAGAAUUGUACGGGGAAAGAAAAAAACAAAAAAGAAAGAAAAAGAAAAAACAACAAAAAUUAUAUUCUAUUUUAACCUUGCUUGUAAAAAAAAAGUUAGUACAAGAAAAAAAUUCGAAAAUUCCUUUCUGUAAAUUAAUGAUAUGAUUCUAACUUAUAAUUAUUGGCUAAUAUUGCCAUAAAAAAAUUUUACAACAAGGGAUGUUGGUCUAAUAAGCAGAAGUCAAAAUGUAUAGCUUUGAAGGAGAUUAUAGACGUAAACCGCAACAAAAUUUAUCUGGUGCUAGUAAAAGAGAUGAGAAAGCAAUUUUCCUACAGCAUGCACAAUUGGAACGUUUAAAGCGACAACAACAACGUAUAAGGCAUGAUGCUGCUGUAAAAAUACAAGCUCAUAUUCGUAGCUUUGUAAUUAGGAAGAUUAAUCGCAUGCACAUGAGAUCUGAAUUUGAUAAAGUACAGCAAGCAGUUGGACAAAGAGGUUUAAAUUUGGAUGAAUUAGUAUCUCAAAGUCGAAAAUUAUUAUUUUUUUACAAUCGCACAUUGGAUGCAAAUAGGCUUAUUUUGAUAUUACAACAAUUUCUCAAAAAUCAACAGGAAAUUAAAUUAAGAUGUUUACACUCUGUUGAAUGGUUAUGGAGGUUACGAUGGAUUCUUCGUAUCUGUAUGCAAUAUAAUUCAGAAACAUCAAUUGGUGGAGCAUAUUCAUUGGCUAUCCCUUUAAGAGCAAUGGAAGUAUUUACGGAUGAAGAUGUUACAGAGAAAAUGUUUCAUAAAAAUAAUAAUUUAUAUUUUGAGAAUAUAUUUAUUUAUCUAAUAAAACAUAGAUAUUUUGAACAACUACGAACUUUAAUAGAUGAAAAAGUUCCACCUAUGUUACAAUCAUCUUCUAAUGCUCCAACACCAAUAUCCAAAUGCUUGCUAAAUAUGCUACUGAGACCUUUACAGUUAGUUUCUUUUUUGGAACAAAGAAAUGGACAUUAUAUAUUAAUUUUACAAGAAUUUUGUAAAAACAUAUUAUCACAAAAAUUAUCAAGUGCUAUAAAAAUGUUUAUUAUACCUGCUCUAGCAGAAUUUCCAGAAUUUCCAUAUAUACAAUUGAUUAAUUGUAUUAAUCAAUCAGGAAUAGAACCAACGUUAAGUUUAUUAUAUUCAAUUUUGUCUUUAGAAUCCAAACAAGUCACGUUAUCCAAGUUCAAAACCACUCCGAUUAGUUAUCUUCAGAUUCUUGCUUCGAUGAGUUCUGCCAUUAUACCUGCUGAAAUAAUCACUGAUGAACAUAUAGAAGACAUGGAAGAUUCGGAUAGUGAAUAUAACACUAAUAUGCUUGAUCUUGAAGAAGGUGAUACGUUACAAGAGUGUAUCGACAUGCUUAAUGAACAGCAGCAUGUGUAUCGAAUACUUCAAAUACUUGAUCAAGGUCAGGAUCUUAUUAUACUACAAUCAUUGUGUGAACUAUGCCAUAACUUAUUAAUUCAUAAUAAGCUAGCUACACAUAAGUACAAGCUAUUAUACAUGCUUGCCUUUAAACCUGAAUUUUUAAAAUAUUUAUGGACAGCAUUGUUGUCAGUGUAUCAAACAUCUGUAUUCGGAGGAGCUGCUCCAUUACUGCAAGUUAUUUCACGUGGUAUACCUCUUUCUGCAGAGGAUUCAAAAAAAAUAGUUCCAUUGCUAGAUGUGUUUUGCUCAUUGUUUUCUUUACUUAUUGCAACAUUACAUGAUUCAGAAUUUUUUAUUCAAGAAUCAGAUCAAAUAUCAAAUGAUAAUAUUCAACAGGCUAUGCCAUUUACUACGACAGAAUUAGUGACAUUAUCUAUUCACUUGAAAGAAGUAUGUUUGGGUUUGGUCGAACUUGCUUUUCCCGAUACAAGACCAACUAUUGGAGAAGAUUAUAAAAAUGCUUUGGGUUCAUCAUGUACAAUACGAACACCUUUAAUAACACACAUAAGGACGCAUUUGUUUAAAGUUACCGUUGGUCUGUUACGUCAAUUACAUACGAGAAAUUUAAGAAGACCAUUUUGUCCACCAGAUCAUUGGAUUACAUCAAACAUUGUUAUUCCUGUAGAUAAGCCACAAGACUUUACAUUUCGUAGACGUAGACUUAGAGGCUAUGUACCGUUUCAAGGAUUAAGAGGUUUAACGCGUGAAGACCUGAAAGAAGGUCCACCUUUGUCAGCAAAAGAAGUUCGAACUUUAACAUUACUUCGUGAGAUGCCUUUUGUUAUACCGUUCAAUGAUCGUGUUGUAGUAUUUCAGUCAUUAAUUUAUCAUGAUAAAAAAGAGCAACAAGGUGAAUUUACUCACUUUGCCCAGAAACCAUCAAUCCAAAUAACUGUAAGAAGAAAUUAUUUGUAUGAAGAUGCAUUUGAAAAAUUAUCACCAGAAAAUGAGCCAGAAUUGAGAUUAAAAAUGCGCGUUCAAUUCGUCAAUACAGCUGGAUUAGAAGAAUCUGGUGUCGAUGGUGGAGGAUUAUUUAGAGAAUUCUUAUCGGAAUUAUUGAAAACAAGUUUUGAUCCUAAUAGAGGAUUUUUUAAACAUACAAAAGACAAUAUGCUGUAUCCAAAUCCAACAGUACAUUUGUUAAUGGAUGAUUUCCCAAAACAUUACUAUUUUAUUGGUAGAAUUCUUGGAAAAGCUUUAUAUGAAAAUUUAUUAGUAGAGCUCCCAUUUGCAGAAUUUUUCUUAUCAAAAAUCGUUGGAUUACAAUCUGACGUUGAUGCUCAUCACUUAGCUUCUUUGGAUCCAAUCAUGUAUACAAAUCUUUUAUCCUUAAAAAGUUAUAAGGGAGAUGUUACUGAUCUUGAAUUGGAUUUUACCGUACUAUCCGAUGAAUUGGGAGAGAAAAGAAUAGAUGAAUUAAAGCCAAGCGGUGCUAAUAUUCCUGUUACUAAUCAUAAUCGUAUCGAAUACAUACAUCUAAUGGCAGAUUAUAAAUUGAACAAACAAAUUAGAGCACAAUGCUAUGCAUUUAAGCAAGGUAUUGGCAGUGUAGUUCCCUUAGAAUGGUUACAAAUGUUUAAUAACAAAGAACUUCAAGUAUUAAUAUCAGGAGCGCAAAUUCCUGUAGAUGUAAAUGAUUUAAAAUUACAUACAAAUUAUACCGGUGGAUAUACACCUGAUCAUCCAACUAUCACUGCCUUUUGGAAAGUUGUAAAUGAAUUUAAUGAUCAACAAAAAAGUAAGCUGUUGAAAUUUGUUACAAGCUGUAGCAGGCCACCACUUUUAGGAUUUAAGGAACUUGAUCCACCCUUCUGUAUCCAACAUGCUGGCAGUGUAGACCGCUUGCCAACUUCUAGUACCUGCAUGAAUCUUCUAAAACUUCCUGACUUUCCUAAUGAAAAAACAUUACGUGAAAAGCUUCUAUAUGCAAUAGAAGCUGGUGCAGGAUUUGAACUCAGCUAAAGCUGUAUUUUGAAAGUAAUUUUACAAGUUGCAACAAAAAUAUUGAUGUGUAUGCACAAUAUAGUAUAGCUAUUAUGUGUAAUCUAUAAAUAAUUGGAAUCAUAUUGAUGUAUUUUGUUAAUGGGUGCAGUUUAAAAGUCUGCUCAAAAAUUUGUUUACUGGAUGCUUCAUAUGUAUCAUACAUAUAUUGUUUUAGAAAUAGAUAAUGGAUCCUGAGAUGUAAGUAUUAAUACAAAGUCAACAAACUUACAUUAAUAAUAAGUAGGAAGAGGUAUAAAAAUUAAUUAAGGAAGGCACUAAAUAUGUAACACUGUUAGGAGGGGCCAACUAUCUAGUUAGUGUUUGUUGUCUAAUAAUUUGUCUAACUAUGAUGAAAAUUGCUACUGAUAUCAAUUGACAAGUAAUACUAUUUAUAUUAACAUGACGGAUCUAUUGCAGUAAUGUAUAUGUAUGCUACAUAAAACAUUAUAUAAUAAUUACAAAAUACAGAUUUCUAUUUCCGUCAAUAUACUCAAGAAAUGAUUGAAAUUGUGUGGUCUAAAGUGGUACUUGUCGUAUAAACGAUCUACCUAUACUUUUUGCUAGAAAAUACCUCUGAUCCAAGCGACAUUGCGGAAUUCACUUAGAGUGAAUUACUUUAACAUAAUACUUCGAGUAACUAUUUCAUGUAAACAUUGCGCUAAUAGCAAUGUAUAUCGGAGAAUAAUGAAUUUACGAAAAAAUUUAUUUACUUUUUUUUUCUGUUUUUUUUUUCUGUUUUUUUUUCUUUUUUUCUUUUUUGUGUCUUCAAUGUAUCAAACAAUUUUUGCAUUAACGAAUAAAAGAAAUGAAAAGUUGCUCAAAGUAAUUUAAAUAAGUCUUCGCUCUUUGUGCGUACGUAUUUGUCAAUUUUUCUGCCCAUGGCCUACAAUUGUAAAUUGUGUAUAUUUUCAUGUUUUAUAUUUACGAUGAAUGUUUAUAAACCAUUUAUUCAGUGUAAAUAAAAUAACUUAAAACUUUG